UACACACUGGUUCCCUUGAUAUUAUUAAAGGUCUGUAAGACAUCAAGAACACUUUACAGUAGGAUCUUCUCCUGCAGUAAUUUUAUUAAUCUGGUCACAUAAUGCACCUGCAAAAGGAAGACAGAAUUUGAUCACUGAAGGACCCUUCAUCCCGCUUGCCCUGGAGAGAGAGCUCUUUCUUUACCAGUAUGGCUGAAAAUCAUUCUGUCCCAGCAACUGAUUUCCUGAGCCAAGAUGUAUUUAACCAACUGUUUGAAAUGCUGGACCAAUCUGCAAUUCAUUCAGUCCAGCCCAUUGAGCUGAACUUCACUGACAGUCCAGCCGAUGGGUCUCCAGGAAACACCAUUCAGAUCAGCAUGGACUGCAUAACCAUGCACGAACCGGAUGAGGUAGUUUCUUCACAGUACACAAACCUGGGGCUCCUCAACAGCAUGGAUCAGAAUAUUCAGAACAGCGGCUCGACCUCCACCAGCCCCUACAACAACGACCAUGCACAGAACAGUGUGACGGCGCCAUCGCCCUACGCCCAGCCCAGCUCCACCUUCGAUGCCCUUUCUCCUUCACCGGCCAUCCCAUCCAACACAGAUUAUGCCGGCCCCCACACCUUCGACGUGUCCUUCCAGCAGUCUAGCACAGCAAAGUCUGCCACCUGGACGUACUCCACAGACCUGAAGAAGCUGUACUGCCAAAUUGCGAAAACAUGUCCCAUUCAGAUAAAAGUGUUGACCACGCCGCCACAGGGGGCCGUUAUACGGGCGAUGCCCGUUUAUAAAAAGGCGGAGCAUGUCACAGAAGUCGUGAAACGCUGCCCGAAUCAUGAGCUCAGCCGUGAAUUCAACGAUGGUCAAAUCGCACCUCCGAGUCACCUGAUCCGUGUGGAGGGGAACAGCCACGCCCAGUACGUGGAGGACUCCAUCACCGGAAGACAGAGCGUACUAGUUCCAUAUGAGCCUCCUCAGGUGGGGACAGAGUUCACCACCAUCCUGUACAACUUCAUGUGCAACUCCAGCUGUGUGGGUGGAAUGAACAGACGCCCGAUUCUCAUCAUCGUCACUCUGGAAACCAGAGAUGGACAAGUAUUAGGCCGCCGCUGCUUCGAGGCCAGGAUCUGUGCCUGCCCGGGCCGGGACCGCAAGGCAGAUGAAGAUAGCAUCCGCAAGCAGCACGUAACAGAUGCCACAAAAAGCAAUGAGGGUACGAAACGGCCCUUCCGCCAAGUCUCCCACGGCAUACAGAUGUCCACCAUCAAGAAGAGAAGAUCUACAGACGAGGAGGUUUUUUGUUUGCCUAUCAAAGGCCGUGAAAUUUAUGAGAUUUUGGUAAAAAUCAAAGAGUCUCUGGAGCUCAUGCAGUUUCUGCCGCAGCACACAAUAGAGUCGUACAGACAGCAGCAGCAGAGUCUACUUCAGAAACAGACUUCGAUGCCGUCUCAGCCCUCCUUCGGCUCCAGCUCCCCGACCCACGGAAAAGUCAACAAGCUCCCGUCUGUCAGCCAGCUCAUCAACCCCCAGCAGCGCAACACACUCACCCCAUCCAGCAUGCCGGGAGGCCUCACUGACAUGACUCACAUGAUGGGCACUCACAUCCCCAUGAAUGCUGACAUGAGUUCACUGAGCCCCACACAUGCACUGGAGCCACAGCUACCCCUGGUGCCCUCCUCCCACUGUACCCCCCCUCCUCCAUACCCCAUGGACAGCAGCAUUUCCAGCUUCCUCAUACGGCUGGGCUGCGCAGGCUGCUUGGAUUACUUCACAGCACAGGGUCUAACCAACAUCUACCAGAUUGAGAACUAUAACAUGGAGGACCUGUCCAGGCUGAAGAUCCCUGCCGAGUUCCAGCACAUCAUCUGGAAGGGCAUCAUGGAGUACCGACAGGCCAUGGAUUUUUCCUCCCCUCCACACAUAGUGCGCACCACCAGCGGAGCCUCCACCGUCAGCGUGGGCUCCUCCGAGGCCCGAGGCGAGCGCGUCAUCGACGCCGUGCGCUUCACCCUCCGUCAGACCAUCUCCUUCCCGCCGCGCGACGAGUGGUCCGACUUCUCCUUUGACCUGGAUUCUCGCCGUAACAAACAGCAGCGCAUCAAGGAGGAGGGAGAGUAAGACCAGCUCGGCCUCUUUUCCAAUUCUUCCCGAUCCUCAUUUCACGCCAUUUUUGGAACAUUUCAUUUAAGAAACGGCGCUGAGAACAAAACUCAUCGCCCAAAUGCACUUAUUUUCAAUUUUGUCGUGGUUGCUGUUACUGGAGAGGAGAACAAUGCUGUUGAGGAGAGGUGCUUUUUGUUUUGUUUUUUGUUAUUUCUUGAGAGCACUUAAGAAAUGCCGAGUAUUUCAAUGUUGCUUUGAGAUUUUGUUGCCGUUUCAUUCCCAAGUUACAGCGUGACUGGAAACAAACACCACUGGGAUUUCUUUCUUCCUUUCUGCUGCGGACCACUGCAAGUGUACUUUAGCUUGUAUUACUCUUAAGUUUUCACCCUUAUGUUAGUCGAGUACACUGGUUUUCAUUAGAGCAGAAGUCAGCGUUGAUUGUAAACAUUUCAUACAUUUCUAAGAAGUAUUAAGUCACUGGAUGGGCAACUUGUUUCCUGCUGUAGCUUUUCAUCUUUUAUCUUUUGGAUUGUGUGGUGAGGCAUCACCUUAUUGAGUCAGGUAUGUGUUUAAGUGAAAGAUGGUCAUUCAUUUGAUGUAGCCUUAUACAGGCCUAAUGCUCUUGACCCAGUGUUUUAUAUGACUGAUGUUUCAUUUUUGUUUACGGCUGUACAAACUUUUUUUUUUUAUUAUUAGAGCAGACUUGUAUUUGGUGUCAGCUGAGCACAAGUUGUUUUUUGUUUUUGUUUUUUUUUUUCUUUUAUCUUGAACCACAUUUUGGUAGAGGCUUAUUUCAUUUAACUGGCCAAAAGCUGACAGAAAUGUAUAUACAUUUGUAUAGUCUCCCUACAGGAAUUAUUUCCAUCAUGAACCCAACAUAUUGAGUUCAUUCACAGGAGUAACCAAAGCAAACAGUUCAGCUUUGUUCCAUGUAGUCGGCAUUGUUAGAAAAGCAGAUAACCACUGCAAUUUCAUAUUUUUGUACAAUGUAUUUGUAAAUAUGUUGCAAUUUAUCGAGGGUAUUUUGAUAUAAAUUUGAAAUAAAUAUCCAAACUUGC